AUGCGCGCGGUCGUUUUUGCAAUGAUUUGGAUCAUUUCUGCCUCUGUGACCCAUUGUUGCGUGUCAAAUACGGGACGUACCCAAUAUUGUAUGUGCGGUACCAAGGGACUUUAUUGGCCACCAGCUAACACCUACGUGGACGACGGGUUAACUAUUACCAGGCAACGCAUAUGUUGGCCCGAAUGCACUCUUGUCACCGUAUGA